AUGUCUUUCCGAUCGCUGCUAAUGAACCUAUUCUUGUGUUUAAUUUGGGAGCAAAUUGUGAUUUUGUACACCGGAAGCCUAGAUGACAGGUCCGACGUGGCGGCGUCGCUUGUCUCGCUUGCGAGAGACAACGAUCGGUAUGGGAAGCUGAUAAUUGAAGAAGGCGGAGUCAAUCCGUUGCUGAAAUUGGUGAAAGAAGGGAAACCAGGAGGUCAGGAGAAAGCUGCGUUUGCAAUCGGAUUGCUAGAUCGUGAUCCUGAGAGCAUUGAACAUAUGAUUCACGCCGGUGUAUGCUCGGUGUUUGUUAAAAUUCUCAAAGAAGUUGAAGAACACAGUAAGUACGCAAUCACUAGCAACAAACCCACCUCAAUUCACGCUGUUAUUUUAGCUAGCAACAAUACAAACGGCAGCAGCAACAACAACAACUCCAAUGGCGUUCUUCAUCACAAUCCUUCCAACAAAUCUACAAACGAAGACGAAGACAAGAUUCGAGUUCCACAUCCUUCUGGUAACAACAAUCAACCUUUCAAAAUGCACAGUGUAGUUGCAACCACGAUGGGAAUGAAAGAUGGCCAAAAACCUAGCAACCUAAACCCGAAUCAUAAUCAAAAAACUGAAAACAUUACAAUCAAGAAGCAAAACAUCCAUCAUAACUCGAGCCUUUCCCUUAGUUUACACAAAGGGAGAGAAUCAGAAGACCCAGCAACAAAAGCUUACAUGAAAUCAAUGGCUGCGAAAGCACUCUGGCAUCUCGCCAAAGAAAACUCCACCAUUUGCAGAAGCAUAACUGAAUCAAGAGCUCUACUCUGCUUCGCAGUCUUACUAGAAAAAGGCCCAGAAGAAGUCAGAUACAAUUCCGCCAUGGCACUCAUGGAAAUCACAGAUUCAAAUUCAAAACUACUUCUUCCAUGCAUCCAAUCAAUCGGUAACUUAGCAAGAGCAUUUCGUGCAACCGAAUCACGCAUUAUCCAACCCUUAGUUCAACUUCUUGAAGAACGUGAAGCUGAAAUUUCAAAAGAAGCUACGAUCGCACUUGCUAAAUUCACCUGUAAAGAAAACUACCUUCAUCUUGAUCAUUCAAAAGCAAUUAUUACAACUGGAGAAACACGACAUUUGAUUCAAUUGGUGUAUUUUGGUGAACAAAUGGUUCAAAUUCCUGCAUUAGUUCUUCUUUGUUACAUUGCUUUUCAUGUUCCUGAUAGUGAAGAUUUAGCACAGGCUGAAGUGCUUACUGUUCUUGAAUGGGCAUCUGAACAGUCUCAAUUGAUUCAGAUUGAAAGGGUGGAGAAUCUUUUACAGGAAUCUAAAGGUAGGUUGGAGCUCUUUCCAUCAGUUCUGUUAAAGUUGAUAUCCCGUUUCCGGUUCCGGAAAGAAAACCAAAUGUUGUUAGUGAUUCUGAUGUUCAGCUUGAUGGUGAUGAUACAAUUAUGCUGA